AUGAUUCGAGACCUGAGGCUUCAAAACAAAACUCUACGUGAGGGUCCGGACCCUGAGGUUUUCGAGAGGAUAUGGGAAGACCUCCACAGGCCCCUCAAGAAGCCCGCACAUCCUGGCGGACCCGCGCCAGAGAGCUCGGGGAGUAGCAGCGCUCCGGUGGUUUCGGCCGCCGAGUCUGCCCGGACCCGCAGUGGUGGGCCGGAGCUCCCUCCGGGGACGGCGACUGGAACGGUGACUAGUCAAAGGAUGGGAACUCGUUCGGGCCCUUUGACACUUGCUGAGGAGCUAGAAGGAAAGUUGGACGCGGCCUCUGAAGAGGAGUCAGAAGAGUGA